AUGGCUACAGUCACUGCAAACGGAGUGCAGCAGGAGAAUGGAUUCAGCACCACGAACAGCGCCGGCAGGAUGAACGGGCUUACCAUCGGCCAGAACACCAUUCCAAUGAAGGACCACGACGCCAUCAAGCUUUUCAUCGGGCAGAUUCCCAGAAACCUGGAAGAAAAAGACCUGAAACCCCUGUUUGAGGAAUUCGGAAAGAUAUAUGAACUCACUGUACUGAAAGACAGGUUUACGGGAAUGCAUAAAGGAUGUGCCUUUCUAACAUACUGUGCCAGAGAGUCAGCACUGAAAGCCCAGAGCGCCCUUCAUGAACAGAAGACGCUGCCAGGGAUGAACCGACCUAUUCAGGUGAAGCCAGCCGACAGCGAAGGACGGGGAGAAGACAGGAAGCUGUUUGUGGGAAUGCUCGGCAAGCAACAGAGCGAGGACGAUGUCCGGCGGCUGUUUGAGACCUUCGGCCAGAUCGAGGAGUGCACCGUCCUUCGAGGGCCUGAUGGGGCCAGUAAGGGCUGUGCCUUCGUCAAGUUCUCAAGCCACGCAGAAGCGCAAGCCGCCAUCAACAGCUUGCAUGGUGGACAAACUAUGCCUGGUGCCUCGUCCAGCCUGGUGGUCAAAUUUGCAGAUACUGAUAAAGAGAGGACCCUGCGGAGGAUGCACCAGAUGGCGGGCCAGCUCGGCAUCUUCAGUCCCAUGACCAUCCAGUUUGGGGCCUAUGGCGCCUACUCUCAUGCUGUAAGUCUCAGCCCAGCGGGAGAGGAGACGCAGAUGAUGCAACAGCAAGCAGCCCUGAUGGCAGCAACACAAGGGUCCUACCUGAACCCUAUGGCCGCCAUUGCUGCUGCACAAAUGCAGCAAAUGGCAGCUUUUAAUGUCAAUGGUCUGGUGGCUACUCCCAUGACACCGUCUUCAGGCACCAGCACACCCCCAGGCAUUUCUGCUACAGCCGUGCCAAGCAUAGCCACACCUAUUGGGGUUAACGGUUUCAGUGCCCUACCACCUCAAAGCAAUGGCCAGCCAACAUCGGAGCCCAUCUAUACUAAUGGCAUCCAUCCUUACCCAGCACAGAGUCCGACAGUGACCGACCCUCUCCAACAGGCUUAUGCUGGUGUCCAGCACUACGCAGCAGCCUACCCUGCCGCCUAUGCGCCAAUCAGCCAAGCGUUCCCCCAGCAACCGACCAUCAUUCCCCAGCAACAGAGGGAAGGGCCGGAAGGGUGCAACCUGUUUAUUUACCACCUGCCCCAGGAGUUUGGAGACGCCGAGCUCAUGCAAAUGUUCCUUCCUUUUGGCAAUGUCAUCUCUGCCAAAGUCUUUGUUGACCGAGCCACCAAUCAGAGCAAAUGUUUUGGCUUUGUGAGUUUCGAUAACCCGUCCAGUGCUCAGGCCGCUAUACAGGCCAUGAACGGCUUCCAGAUAGGCAUGAAGAGGCUGAAGGUGCAGCUAAAACGGCCAAAGGAUGCCAACCGACCUUACUGACUCGUUUGCCGUCCGUUAACAGGAUGAAGGGCCACAACACCUUAUUUCCACAAGUGCAGUAAAAGUACAAAGACUCCUCGUUCUGCUACAUAUCAUGAAGAAAGGGUGGUCCCUUGAUCCUCCUGGAAAGCCGCUGAAAGAUUGGGUGACUGAAAGAAGGAUCCCAGAGUUGUUAUUUUUUAUUAUCAUUUUAGUUUUUUUCUUUCUUCGCAAAUGCCUCUCUUUUCCCUAUUUGCUUUGGCAUCUGUGGAAGAAGAUUUUUGCAGAGACCAACUUUUUGCUGCUGUUUUUUAGACAUGAUAAAAAAAGAAAAAACAAAAAAACUACUUUAUAGACUCAUUAUGCUCAAAGCAUGCAUACUGACACAGGAUACAGAUAAACUCACUUAAAGAUAUAAAAAAAAAAAAUAAACCAAACAUACAAAAAAUUAAAGAAGCUGCACUUAAUGAAUGAAAACUUAAAAAAAAAGACUCUGUACAUGUAUAAAUACGUGCAAAUGCCAACACAAGAACUGAAGCAAAUUCAUGCAUAUGUGCACACACAUACACACACCAAUACACAAACACAUACACACCAGCCUGCUGCCAUUUUGGUUUUUGUGCCUACACAGGUGUUGUGCUCUGUGACAGGGCAAGCUCUGCAUCAAAAGUGGAGAAACAUGAAGAAGAGGAGAAGAUUGGGGAAAUCCAGGAUAAUUUACAUGCAUCAUUCCUUAGGAAAUAGGGACCAAAGGACUAAAUGCUUUUUAAAAGAUUAUAAAUAUAUAAAUAUAUAUUUAAAAACUCAUACCUUGUAGCUGCAAGUAUUUACUCAUAGUCAAAAAAAAAGAUCAUUAAAUCAAUAUCCAGUGGCUUACUGUUAGAGCAAAGAUGGAAAUGAUGUAAAAAAAAAAAAAAAAAGACAUGGAAACAUAGUACAGGGGCCGACCUUUUGCUCUGGAUGCUGAUUUAGCACAAGGUGGUAGAAUAGUGAUGUAGACUAGAAAAAGUACAUUUGCAAAAUUUUGCUGUUGAAAAAGAAUUUUAAUUUGUCAUCAAAAGUUGGUGAAAGAGAGAGUACAAAAAAUCUUUAUCCAUGCUUUUGGGAGUUGUGUCUUGUUUUUUUUUUCUUCCUUUGAUGUAAAGGUAACGGCCACUGGAUAUCCCACUCAUCAUGAUGUUUAAGGCAUUGCACUCUCUGACAGCUGAAGAGAUCUAGCUGACGAAAAAGGAAAACAAGAGAGAUAAAAGACUGAACUCCCCAAUGUCUGUGCAGGACAGUGUGCAGAUGUUUAAGGAAUCUCACUAGCCUUUGUGUUCAAGCGACAAUCCACCAUAAAGACCAAGUCAAAUGGACAAGGCGUGUUUUUUUUUUCUUUCUUUCUCGUCAUUCCUCUUGACCUUUUGUAUUGCAUCAUAAUGUAUUUUGAAGCCACACAUUGUUGAAACGAAAGGAAUAAAAAGGUGACGGGUGACCAUGAAGAAAACAGUGAAAAAGCUUAAGAGGAGGAGUAAGGCAACAGCUACUGAAACUGCCAGCAAAAUGAACUGUGGUUAGUAAUGAACUCUUCUUGUGGUACUCUCCCCAAGUAAAAAAACAAAACAGCAAUGUCUGAAGGACAAGCCAAGGCUGUUCGUCUCUGCUUGAGGCGCUUCUAUUUAUACUGAUGAAAAUCAAAUCUUGUCUUUUAUUAGAUACAAAAACCCAAACUAAACACACAAAUGGAAAAGGAGUAUAGUUUUUAAAAGCUCAUUAAACUAUGUUACACCUAAAUUAUAAAAAAAAAUCUACUCUAAACUGGUUACCCCAUGUAUUUGUUUUCCUCCUAUGUAAUACAUGAAACUUAUUGAAAAAAAGCUGCCCCCCUAACAGGCUUAACCUAAGAACUGUAGUAGCUCCUUGUCAUCUUCACUCAGAUGAUCUAUAGCUUUUUAGAGCAAAGAACUACAGUGCUGUCACUUUUUGACUAAGAGUCCUUUUACCCUUUUUUGACAGUUUUUGAGCUGUACAUUUGCACUCUUCUGUAAAGCCCAAUCGAUAUGUUUGGAGUCAGGGAGGAGUACUGGUUGUUUUCAGUCACUAUGAGCACUUCCUAAUUUGCUCUGCAGAACACCAGUUCACAUCCUUAUACCAGCCCUUCUGAGUACCGACAGCUGGCAUUGAGAGGCAGGACAAGGCAAGAAGGAGUCAAGCAGGAAGAGAGGAAAUCAACAGCUUAUCACAUUUACAUCCCUCUUUGAUGAUCCUUCAAGGCUGUUGCAGCAUGAUGCUGACAAAAUUAGAAAUACUAAUCAUGCCCUUGGUGAAAAAAUAUUAUGGAUUUGUGAUAUAUGCUUCCAAAGAACCAGUAAUUGGAAAUUCAAUUGGACCAACUUUGAGCUCUUUAGGCCCCAUUCCAAAUAGUCCGUUAUUACUUUUUAAACUGUUCUACUUGCCUUUUCCUUUUUUAGUUACAGGACAGAUUUUAGUCAAACGAAGAGAAGGGGUCAAACAAUGAAAGGUACAAGCAUAUACCACUUUUUUAAUGAGCCCCUUCUGUCAUUUAAAUGCUCUGAAGUUCUUCAUCCAAGCUUUAGUAUCAUCUCAUCUUUUAGUUACGUUUUCAGUUUUUGAAUUCCAGCCAUGCCUUUUAAAACUAAGAAAUAACUAUUCACCACCAUUCCCCCAGGAACAGAAAUGUCUAACCCCACUAAUGCCUGGGCCCACUACCCUUCAAUUAUCUAGCACUAUAUUAGACAUGCUUUUCACCUUUCUGUAAUCACUCUGUAAUCAUAAGCCUCUAUACAUUAGCAGCAACCAAGUGAAAAAUCACAGGGAUAAUCACUUGGACUGAAUGAUGGGAGAGAUGGUUCCCAACAUGCACAUGGAUGACAGAAGGAAGAUUAGGGAGAAUUAUGUCUGUGCAUACUUCUUGGCAAGGCUGCUGACAGCUGACCUGGCACGGCUAACACAGCCAAAUUUACUCAUCGGAUGGGGGAUGCAGAACAAAACAUUCCAUAUUGGUGUUAAACUCAAAGAGCAGAUUAGUAGUUCUAAAAGAAAACUAAAAUAGAAGGGCAACAUAAAGCAAAAAAAUAUUUUCCUUCUCAACAAAGGAUGCAAAAAACACUUGGUUGUAAAGACGCUUAGAACUUAUAUUUCUGUGGGAAAUGCCUAGUUGUUCUACAGCAGCUGCUGCGUGGCCUGUGUUAUUGAAAUUCUUUUUUUUAUCCGCAAAAAAAUUGCUUCUCAGCAGUUGGCAACAGAGGUCAAGCAAUUUACAAGAAAAACUUGCUCAGAGUUGUUUUUUUCUCUUUCUACUUUUGCUAAGGGAUCUCCAAAGCACAGUUUUGCUCAGCUAUAACAAGAUAUGCAGAAGCACAGCUUUUCCGAAUGAUGUCCAACAAAUGACAUGUUUAUUUUUCAACUGAAUUAAGUACAAUUUCUUCUUCUAUCCCACAUUAACUUUUGAUAUAAAUUCUGAAGAGUACAUGAAGUGGGUUGAAAAGGCUUUGUCCUCCGAACAGUUUGUGUUUAUUAUCUACUUGAAGCAGACGCCCUCAAUUGGCAGAGUAAUAUUCAAUGAGCAAUUGAAUGUUCCAUGCUUGUCUUGGCAAUCCCUAAAAUGCACUCAGUAACAUAGAGCUUGCAUGCACGCUCCAAUGAACUUUUCUGUCUUAAAUCAGAUGCUGUAGUGCUCCCUCUCCUAAUAGCAGGUUGAGUCCCCAGUGAGCCAAAUUCCAGACCAGCUUAGCCUCCUGCUGUCUUGGUUGGCUGAUAGUACCAUGUACAUGUAGCAUGUACCUGCUAUGCCAGAGUUAAAUUAGAGAAAUGUGAAACCAGCACUUCAGCAGCUUUAACAACGGUGUUCAGAUUACCUAUACACCAUGGGAAGUAUAAUGUUAAGGUGUAAGCAUUAAAAGCUGAAACAGUGACACACUUAAGAUGGAAUGGCCAAACUCAGACAAAAAGGUUGUUUUAAUAGUCAAACUUUGCUGGUUGAGAUUCUUUCAAGAUUUAUUUCUGUGGGCCCUAAGAAAUGGCAACAAUGCAAGCACACCCCAGCUUAUAUACAAUACAAGUAAAAACUGGCUGGCAGUUAAAAUAACACAAUGCUGAAUAAAGGUUUACUUCAAACUUCAACUAUUUCAAAUGUUAUGUUACAAACACAAACUUCAAUAUAUAUUACUGGUUAAUUUGAGGUGCAAUACAAAGUUGUAAAAUGAACAUAAAUGCACACAUUAUUAUUAUGUGUGUGGCAUACAUCUGUAUUCAGCCCCCCUAAGUCAGUCCUGUUUGAGUGUAAAUAUAUUAAAGGUUAUGUUUUGCACAUUUAAAGAGAAGAACUGUUUGCAAAAUGGUUAAAGCUCUUACAGCCUGGAUCGAAAAUAUCUGUAAACAUGGAUCUUUAAGUGUUACAAUCUUCCUAUCUGGAUUUGCAUCUGGACCUUAAUUUAGCAGCUCUGGCUGCUACGCUUGGCUGAUUCCAUUGUGGGAAGAGGAGCCUUUGCCCAAGUCUUUUGUAAUUUUUUUUUUUUUUCCAGAAUUGACUUGACUUUAGUUGCAUCUAUCUUUUGAUUAGCUAAGAAACAUAACCUCAUUUGCUUUAGUGAAGCACUUCUGCAACAUGAUGCUUCCAUCGCCAUGAUCCAUGAAGUGUAUAGUAUGUUCAGGGUAUUGGUGUCCCAACAGGCCUAAAGAACCCCAGCAUAUUUACCGUAUUAGGACAUUUUGUCCUAAUCUGACCCAAACAUUUUCUUCCAGAUGUUGGCCGUUUACUCUUCACAAAAGUGGUAAACUUUAAUUUUGUUCUUCAAAUGGCCUUUUCCUUUUAAUGACCCAACUUCUCCAUCUCUCUAGAGAGAUUUGUUAAAUGUACAACUACUAUUUUAUGUUAUAUGUUAUUACAUGGCUCUCUGUAGUUACAUCAGAGUAACCAUAGUUUUCCUUUUUGUAAUGAAUGUUCUCAGACCAGUCAGUUUAGGUAAUAAUUUUAGAAUAUUUUAAUGUCUUUCAUACACUUUCCAUUUUCUAAAUGAGUAAUUUAGCAGUGUUUGUGCUAUGAUUAUAGCAUGAACUAUCGAUUUGUUACCAAACCCUGCUUUAAAUUUAUUCACAAAUAUUUUUUUUGACCCUUUAUUUGGGGUUUCUUGAUCUUUGUGAUUUUGUUUGCUCCCCCAUAUUCCCUACCAAACCUUUGAGGCCUUCACAGAACAGCUGUAUUUCUAUUGUGAUUAAAUCACAUGUUUACGAAUUAUUAUGUAGUUCACUAAUUGUUUUUUAAGGAAAUUAGUUGCACUAAUUCCUAGGUGAAUCUUUUUUAAAUGGGGCUAAAUGCAUUUGUUCCACACUUUUCAGAUUUCAAACCAAGCACCAAGAAAUCCAGUAAACAUUUUUGAAGUUUGUAGUUGUUGACAACAAAAUGUAGAAAAGCUCAAGGGCUAUAGUGCUUUUUCAAGGCAUUGUAGUGUAUCAUCAUUCAAUCUGUGCAAGGUAAUAUUUCUGUAGAUAUGAUUUGUUGUCUUUUGAUAAGAACUUAAAAUUAGUUUCUAAAAUAAUGAGAUGUACGAGUGAUGUAUCAGCCAGGAAACAAAAAGCAUGCAUGCAUAUUAUUACUUACACAGCUUGUUGUUUAGUGUAGCAUAUAUCCUUAGAGGAAUAGAGCGGAGUAUGAAUAUCCAACCCACUGAGUGCAUAACACCCUGAAAUAGCAGUGAUUGUCAAGGAAAGGAAGCAAAAUCUAAUUGACUGAAAGUAGAGAGAUAAUUAAAGGAAUCUGUUGGACAGAAGGGAAGAAAUUAAUGCCUCUCAUUUAAUAGCUGCUUUGGGAGAGAGCCGUCCCGUUGACUCAUUUCGGCCCUAAAAAGGUUUUUGUCCUGAAAAUUGAAUUUUGGAUAGAAAAAGAUGGUGGAAAGGAAUAGGUGAAAUGGGCACUAAGUAGAAUUGGUGAAAGUGGGGGGUGUUGUGUGCUAAACUGAAACUCCACAAAAUCGCUCCCAAUGCUCAGGGCAUCAGGCAUUAAGAUGUCAUGAUUAGUGGAGAGGUUCAGAGCCUUGCCUCACCCCUGAUCCUGAAGAGGUCGAGCAAAAGAUUACCAAGACAUUGAUGCUAAUAUUAGCCAGAAUGCACAGUGAUCGAUUCCAAUUUUGGGUAGCAACAUUUAAGAACACCAAGAAGCAGAGAUCAAGACUUUUUUUCUGUAUUCCUUAAUGUAAAUAGCAUUUAAAAAACUAACAAGGGCAAGGCUCAAUAGCGACUUGUAUUGAGAAGCUCAACUCUGUGGGACAAUGAUGUCAAUAUAAAAUGUAUCCACAGCAGUGCAGGGAUUUAGGAGAGCUCAAGUCCUCUUAAGCCCCUUAGGUUUGGGCUGUGAACAUGCAUCCUAUAACCGUAAGCGUCAGACCAAGGCUUGGAAAUUGUUUGACUUAGUGUCAGACCUAAGCCCUGGCCCCAGAGUGAUCCAUUAAUUAAGAUUCUAUGUACACCGUCAUGUCAUGUUUUUUUCUGACAGAAGAAAGAUUGCCAGUGCAGUAAUUGGAUUAGUUCAAUUGGGGCUGAUGAACAGAUAUGGCAGUGAAAGUAGAGUUCAUUCGUCUGAAUGUUCCAUGCCUGACAGAGAGUGGCAAAAGGAGAAGAAAGCAUUAACUACCACUAGACAUUUAUUUUAAAAUAAAUCACAAUGAAAACUUUAGAAUUUUGCAGCAGUUACAGAGGCUUUUCCUUUUAAAGAAGAGACUUGAGGUAACAGUUUAUUUAGCAUGUACAUAAAUCAUUUUGGAUUCAGGCAUUUAAUGCACAAGGUUUAAAACAAUACAUACAUGAUCUGGCUGACACUGGAGGAAGGGUCAGACAACAGAGUAACCAGCGCAGAAAUCAGUGCUUGCUUGAUCCAGUCUCACUGCUCUCCUAACCAGACAGCUGCAUUAUACCUGUACAUACAAUAUAGCUUAUUUUUAAAUUCUGUUUAUCUUUCUUUAUAGGCCGUACAUUAGAUCAUGUUCAAACAUAAAAAAAAUAAAAUAAAAGAAUAGUUAAUAUAUUUCAGUGAAACUAAGAAAAGGGACUUAUGGAAUAAUUUAUCAAAAACAUAAGAUACAAUGAUUUUAUUUCUUGUAAAGUGAAACACUGUUGUUUAAAAAUGGGGGAUUUUUAUACUCAUCUUAAUGUUUUUUUUUUCUGUUUUGUUUUUAUGAUAUCAUCAGCUGAAGCUGGGCAAACCCAUUGUUACAAGUUUAUUAGGAUAUCCUUUGAUGAGUUUUUAUAUUUCUGUUGCCACAAAAGCCCUGUGUGAAUUCUCCUGUGGAUUGACAAGUUCUAAGAGAUUUUUCUCUGUAACAGCUUUUAAAUCAAUACAGGAAUUAGCAAGCUGCAUUGUAAAAGGAUGAUUGAUGGAUUUAGUAAAAUGAAGAAAAAAAAGGUUAUUGCACAACUGAGUCCUAGUGGUUUGGGGUUGCUUAAAAAGGGGAGAAAAAU